AUGACAAUCGGAAUUGCUAUCCUCGGAGCGGGCAUAUUCGCCCGGGAAGAGCACUACCCCGCCAUUGAAGCGUGCGAGUUCUUCUCCCUCAAGGCCGUCUACUCGCGCUCCCAAAAGUCAGCUUCGACGCUCGCCUCUAGCGCCAAAGCCAAGGUAGACGUCUACUCGGACGACUCCUCCGCUGACAAGACGCUCGACGCACUUCUCUCCCGCAGUGAUAUCCAUGCUGUUACCGUAGCCGUGCCAAUCCCCAGCCAGCCCUCUGUGAUCAAGAAGGCCAUCGCUGCGGGUAAGCACGUCCUCAGCGAGAAGCCCAUCGCCAAGGAUCUUGCAACAGCGAGAGAGCUCAUUGAAUGGUACAAGGACAUCAAAGCGCCGCGGCCUAUAUGGGGCGUCGCGGAGAAUUUUAGGUUCUUAGAGUCGGUCACGUAUGCGACAGAGCAGAUUAGGGCCAUCGGGGGCGAGAUCGUGACGUUUAGCUUCAGCUUGUACGCUCUUGUCAAGGAUGAUGACAAGUACUUCAACACAGACUGGCGCAAGAUUCCUGACUACCAAGGCGGGUUCCUCCUUGAUGGCGGCGUGCACUUCGUGGCAGGCAUCCGCUCCUUCCUCGCUGCCGCGGGCCAGGAGGUCAAGCAGCUCUCUGCGCGGACGUCGCUGAUCCAAGAGAAGCUCCCACCAGUCGACACAGUCCAUGGUCUGCUGACUACAGGCAGUGGCCGAAGUGGCACGUUCUGCGUUUCUUUUGGCACCGAGUUUAAAUCUGACUUCUGCAUCGAGCUGGUCACCACUAAGGGCGCCGUCCGGCUCACGCCUGUCGAAGUAACCACUACGAAGCAAGGGACUGACGGUGAGAAGGCCGAGGAGAAGAAGAUUUUCGAGUUUAGUGUCGGAGUCAAGCCAGAGAUUGUGGCGUUUGCCAAGAGUAUUCAGAAAGGCGAGGUCGACCCAAGACAGACGCCGGAGCAGGGCUACAAGGACUUGGAGAUUCUACAGGGGCUCUUGGAAUCGGGCGAGUGUUCUGGUGCCAUUAAGACGUUUAAUUAG